CUCUUUCUUCUCUUUCUUCUUUCUCUCAUACUCUUGGAAUUUUGAAUUUUGGUGGGAAUUGGAACAGUUUUCUAAAGAGAAAGAGAAGCAAUCAUGUUGCAGAGGAGUAUCAACCUUCGCGGUUUGGUUCUCUUUUCAAGAUAUGGUCACUCGUUUUCCAAGUUCUUUACACCUCAGGCUGCAUCUUCUUUGCAAGCAGUGGCUGAACCUGCUACUUACAGGGGAGAUGAUGAGUAUGCCGAUUUGAACUGGGAUGACCUUGGAUUCGGUCUUGUGCCCACCGAUUAUAUGUACAUAAUGAAAUGUUCAGAUAAUGAGAAGUUCUCACCUGGUGAACUCAAUCGCUUUGGUAAGAUCGAGUUGAGCCCUGCAUCCGGAAUCUUAAAUCAUGGGCAGGGACUGUUUGAAGGUCUAAAAGCCUGCCGGAAAGAAGAUGGUCGUGUGCUUCUCUUUCGCCCGGAACAGAAUGCUAUGCGUAUGAAGAUGGGUGCCGAGAGAAUGUGCAUGCCGUCGCCCUCUGUUGAGCAAUUUAUUGAUGCUUUGAAGCAAACGGUUCUGGCCAACAAGCGUUGGGUUCCACCUCCAGGGAAGGGGUCUUUGUAUCUACGGCCUUUACUUAUGGGAAGUGGAGCUAUGCUGGGUUUGGCACCAGCUCCUGAAUGUACAUUCAUCCUAUUUGCUUCACCCGUUGGCAACUAUUUCCAAGAAGGUAAGGCUCCCAUCAAGUUGCUCGUGGAAGAUGAGUGUCAUCGUGCCAUGCCUGGCGGAACUGGCGGUGUAAAAUCCAUAUCCAACUAUGCACCGGUUCUGAAAGCACAAACUCGAGCAAAGAGUAAGGGAUUCUCUGAUGUUUUAUUCCUAGACUCCAUGACAAAUAAGUAUCUGGAGGAGGUCGCUUCUUGUAAUAUUUUCAUUGUGAAGGAUAACACUGUUUCAACACCUGCUACCCGUGGAACUAUUUUGCCUGGAAUCACGAGAAAAAGCAUCAUCAACAUUGCUAGUGAUCAUGGAUACCAGGUUGAGGAACGCCCUAUUCCAGUGGAGGAUUUGCUUGAAGCUGAUGAAGUUUUCUGCACAGGAACUGCAGUUGUUGUGGCUCCUGUAGGCAGUGUUACAUAUCAGGGUAAAAGGGUUGAAUACAGAACUGGAGAUGGAUCUGUGGCUCGGAAAUUGUACUCAACCCUUACUGACAUCCAGAGGGGUCUGAUUGAGGACAAAAUGGGAUGGACUGUUGAGGUUGAUUAAGUUCUUCCGUUCUCAUGUAGAAAUAAUUACUAGAAGAGGAUUCACAUUAUGUAUUGCCAUAUUUAAUCAGUAACUGAUGAAUGCUUGUUUGUUCUUAUUUGUGUUAACAAGUGGUUUAGUCUU